AUGGCACAUCCUCUCGUCCCUGUCUCGGAGAUUCCAACUGUCUCUCUGUUGUACAAACUAGGCCGUUUACUGCCAUCCUCCGCGCCUCUCGAACAACCAUCUCGAAACCUCAAUAACAUCAUCUCUCUUAUCCGGAACGAUAUCACGAAGCUGGAGAAUGUCGAUUGCAUUGUAAAUGCCGCCAAUCAAUGCCUCCUGGGAGGUGGUGGGGUCGACGGUGCGAUCCAUCGCGCUGCAGGACCAGGCCUGCUCAAGGAAUGCCGGACGCUGAACGGCUGCAGAACCGGGGAUGCCAAGAUUACAUCUGCCUAUAACCUCCCAUGCAAAAAGGUCAUCCAUACGGUGGGACCAGUCUAUCAUUAUGAGAUGUCAAAGAGCGAUGACGGACCCGAGACAUUGCUGCGUAGCUGCUAUCGCCGAAGCCUGGAGCUUGCUGUGGAGAAUGAUAUGAAAAGCAUUGCGUUCGCCGCGAUUAGCACCGGUGUCUAUGGAUACCCAAGCGACGAGGCGGCUCAUGCUGCCCUCGAUGAGGUUCGAAUGUUCCUGGAGCGCUCGGGUAAUAUUGACAGGUUGGAAAGGGUCAUCUUCUGCAACUUUGAGCAGAAGGACGAAAUAGCGUACGAGGAAAAUAUCCCCUUGAUUUUCCCACCGGUCGAACAGGACCUUCCUCACAAUAACGCCCAGCCCGAGUCCCAAGUAAAGACAGACAGUGAGUCUUCGUCGUCGGCAGAAGUACUCGCAGCCAAACUUCCCGAUCCUCCCACCGCGGAUCCUAGACUGGAGGGCCAACCCGAAACUAAGAGAAAGAAAGUUAACUCAGAAGACCUGGAAUCAACUGUCGAACUUCAACCCGAAGAUUACCGUUCCCGAAGUGAUUACCGGAGCGAGGACGAUUGGGAGGAGGUCGACAAAACCGAAGGUGGCCCCACAGAGAGGCUUGACGAUGAGCCCAUCGAGAUAGAUAGGGCAUCUGCAGCAGACGUGCACAGUGUUCAGUCCAGUGGGAUCAUUGAGAGGGAUGAUCCUCAAAUAGCAGUUAAUAUGCUGACGAAGGAUUGGUAG